CAGUGUUCCCUCUUCCUCGUAUCAUCUGUGCCAUGGCCAGUGAUGGUCUGGUGUUCCCUUUUUUCUCCAAGAUCAUCAAGAAAUUCCAGACUCCCACCAUUGAUUGCAACUGCUCUCCCUGGCAUAUUUGCUGGCAGUUUUUCGAACUGAGCUCCUUAGUGGAUAUGAUGAGCAUUGGGACCCUCAUGUCCUUCAGGGCAACUUGCAAAGGCAGAAGUCCUCUCAACACUGGUCUCACUCAGGUUGACAAGAAUCGGCAAGUGUGGUACAAGAGCUCUCUGCCAUAAGGAAAACAAAUGCCAGUGUGAUUAAACAUUAAAUAUUUUAUCUUGAACAAUAAAUAUGUAUUAUCUUGCACAUAGUUAUGGAAAUUAUACAAAUGUCUUUUGCAAAUUGCAAAUAAACAAGCUUUCUGA